UUAUUAUUAUUAAACAAACAAUGAAAUUGAUAAACAAUUUACUGUUAACAACAUUAGUCCUAAUGGGACUUAUCUAUUUAGGACCGGUAUCUACUACUAUGGACGUCAAGUUUGAUUUUGUCAAUAUAUUGAAACGUUGUGGCCUUAAACAGAUGGCCGACCAGUUUCAUCAGCAAUUGGAUGAAUUGGGUGCAGAUAAUCGUCAAUUUUUCAAUGAUUUAGCCAACGAUCCUAUCGAUGAUCUGGACUUUGCCAUAGGCCAGGAUGUCGGUACUAUGAUAGCCGUAUUACGUGCCGAUGCCCUACUGUUUGAACAUCAUUUACAUAAGAUUGUUAGCGAAGAAUUUUCCGGCCGUCUGAACGGUGCGGCCAAACUGUUAGGUAAACUCAACGAUAUUAUCAAACAGGUAUUUGAGCCGAGAAUCAGUGGCCGUAAACGACCGAAUCAGUCACUGUAUAGUCAUAAUAAUAUUGGUCUAGUAUUUCAACAAUUGUCAGUCUCGAUGGGCAAUGAGCUGACCAGUGAACGGGAGCCUAAUUAUAGUCGAUUGCUUAGCGAAUUGUAUAGAGAAUUGGGUAAUGGUUUCGAUGAGGCCCUGAAUCAACAGUUAAACAGAUUGUCGACACCCGGUGCUGGUGAUGGUAGAGCUCAGUUACCCAAAAAAUAUCAAUAUCUCGUUGAUUUUGAUAAGCAAUGGAAUCAAUUGAUUGGACAGAUUGUGCAAAAUUUUAAAGUAUAA